AACUCGAUCCCUAGGCUGCUGCGGUGCUGCGGAUCAGUGUGGCCAAGCAGAAGCAGCACACACGAACACUCGAAACACCGCUCCUGCUUCAAAUUCGCAUGGCUCCGAGAGGCAGCUACUGCAGGCGGGUGAUGGGCGUGGCCGUCGCCGUGGCGGCUUGCGCGCUGUGCCUCCUGCCGGCGACGACCAGCGGCGCGCUCCGCGUCGGGUUCUACCAGAGCAGCUGCCCCAACGCCGAGGCGCUCGUCCGCCAGGCCGUCGCCGCGGCCUUCGCCAGGGACGCCGGCGUCGCCGCCGGCCUCAUCCGCCUCCACUUCCACGACUGCUUCGUCAGGGGGUGUGAUGCAUCCGUCCUCCUGACCAAGAACCCCGCCGGUGGCCAGACGGAGCGCGACGCGACGCCGAACAACCCGAGCCUCCGGGGCUUCGAGGUGAUCGACGCCGCCAAGGCCGCCGUCGAGGCGGCGUGCCCGCGCACCGUCUCCUGCGCCGACAUCAUCGCGUUCGCCGCCCGCGACAGCGUCAAGCUAACCGGCAACGUCGACUACCAGGUCCCCGCCGGCCGCCGCGACGGCAGCGUGUCCAACGGCACCGAGGCCCUCCACAACCUGCCCCCGCCCAACGCCACGGCGCAGCAGCUCGCCGACACGUUCUUCGCCAACAAGUUCCUCACCCUCGAAGACAUGGUCGUCCUCUCCGGCGCCCACACCGUCGGCCGCUCCUUCUGCGCCUCCUUCUUCAACCGCGUCUGGAACGGCAACACCCCCAUAGUGGACGCCGGGCUGGACCCGGCGUACGCGGCGCAGCUGCGGGCGCUGUGCCCCACAAGGGACACGCUGGCGACGACGCCGAUGGACCCGGACACGCCGGCGACGCUGGACAACAACUACUACAAGCUGCUGCCGCAGGGGAAGGGGCUCUUCUUCUCCGACAACCAGCUGCGGGUGAACGCCACCAUGAACGCGCUGGUGACCCGGUUCGCGGCGAACGAGGCGGAGUGGAAGCAGCGGUUCGCCGACGCCAUGGUGAAGAUGGGCCACAUCGAGGUGCAGACCGGGCGGUGCGGCCAGAUCAGGGUCAACUGCAACGUCGUCAACCCGUCGACCUCCUCGCCGGAGGUCGAGCUGGCCGGCGAGGAUCAGGAGACCGGAGGCGCCGUCGCGGCAAGCUAGCUAGCUAACCAAUCUAAUCAUGCAUGUCGGCCGUUGGAUGCGAGUGAUUUCCUUUAAUUUCCUUUUUUUGACGUGCACGAACAUUUAAUUUGCGUGUACUAGUGUCGUCGUGUCGUGUCGAUCGAUCUUUCGUACGUGCAUUUGCUCUUGGAAUGUUUUAGGUCGGAUUCCAGUGAUGAAGAAUAAGUACUACGUAUGUACACGUACCAUGUGUGUUUUAUUAAUCGUGCUACUAAUAUAUUCGCUA